AUGGCAGAAGAAAAGAGAAGCAGCCUAGAGCAUAGAGAGACUGCCGACAGGGGACCGAAAACUCUGACAGAUUUGCAACAUGCCAAGACCGUCGACACACUGCAUAAUGACGAGGCAUUAAAGGUUCUCGAAGCCUGGGUGGGCGAUGAAGACUGGGAACCAGAAGAAGAAAAGAAGCUUGUCCGCCGGAUCGACCGCACGCUCCUUGUUAUUCUUACCUUGACAUAUGGUUUACAAUAUUAUGACAAAGCAAUGCUGUCACAAGCAGCUCUCUUCGGCCUUCGUACGGAUUUGGGGCUUACGGUGGGCGAGCGUUAUUCUUUUUCUGCCUCCAUAUUUUACCUGGGAUUCAUCGUGGGUGCGACCCCUGCUAUUCUGCUUGCCCAACGGUUCCCUAUCGAACGAGUUUGCAGUGGAAUUGUGUUUAUUUGGGGAGCAUGCGUGAUGUGUACCGUGGCUUGCAAAAACUACCAGUCAUUCUACGCCCAGCGAUUCUUCCUUGGUUUCUUGGAGUCGGGCGUUUCUCCUAUGUUCAUGCUUGUUGUGGGUGGAUGGUACAAACGCGAUGAGCAAGCCUUGAGAAUGGGGAUCUGGUACUGUGCUACCGGGUAUGUUGCCCUGAUAGCCCCUUUGAUCAACUUUGGCCUCGGCCAUAUCAAAGGCGGGACCUUGAAUUCGUGGCAGUACAUGUACGUCAUAGCAGGUGCUAUCACCAUCUUGUGGGGAUUUGUCAUUUUGUUCUUCAUGCCUCCCGAUCCCAUCCGUGCUCGAGGGUUUACCGAGCGCGAGAGGUAUAUCGCGGUAGCACGGUUACGGGUUAAUAACGCUGGUGUCCGGAAUACACAUUUCAAAUGGCAGCAAGCGUUCGAAGUCCUCCUAGACAUUCGUUUCUGGCUGACUUUCUCCAUGGCAUUCCUCAUCAUGAUAGCCAAUGGGCCUGUGUCGACCUUUAUCCCGAUCUUCAUUUCCAACUUUGGAUAUUCUACGCUCAACUCAUUGCUUCUUAGCAUGCCUGCCGGAGUGGUGAUCGGAACGAUCGAGUGGGUUGCGCCACUCCUGGCAUAUAAAUAUCCGGGCAAUAGAACAUGGAUAAUCGCUACUUGCCAGAUUGGCACCAUUGCAGCUUCAUUUCUGCUUUGGCUACUCCCUCGUAGCGAGAAGGGCGGGCUACUGUUCGCUUGCUAUAUCCUAGCUACCUUUGGUGGCGGCUACGCCGUCCUAAUGGGCCUGCAGAUUGCGAACACUGCCGGCUAUACGAAGCGCUCAGUUACGUCCUCGGGGGUCUUUGUUGGCUAUUGUUUAGGGAACUUUGUUGGCCCCAUGGUUUUCAAGAACUCGGAUGCGCCUGGAUACGCCCCUGGUUUUAUUGUUACCGUUAUAACAUCAAUUGCGGCGAGUUUAUUGGCAAUUGUGUACCGCUACGUGUGUAUUUGGGAAAACGGUCGCCGUGAUAAGAGUGGUGUAGGCGAGGGAUUCGAUCAUGCGUAUGAAGAUGACUUGACGGAUAUGAAGGUGUGUGCUCCAAUCCAGACAUAA